AUGAAACCAGAAUUAAUUGGAUAUAAUUAAUUAUAAUUUGAAUAUAAUAACCUUUAAGAUAAUCUUAAAUAUCUUCUUUCUGAAAUUGAUAGACUUUAAGGCGAAAAUACAAUGUAAAGUAAAGAAUUGGAAGUUUGGAGGUAUAAAUAUUCCGAAUUUUAACCUUUGGAAAAUAAAAUUUAAGAUCUCCUUUGUAAAAUUACUCUUAAUUGUUCUGAAAUCGAAUGUUUAAGGCAUUAAUUGGAUUAAAAAGGUCAAGAAAAUUAAAGUCUUAGAAAUUCUUAAUUAUUAUAAUUUAGAGAUUGA